AUUCACAUAUGAAAUAUAUUGACCUGCUUCUUUUCAUUCAAAGCUUUAAACAGUGUCUUACUUUGACGGCAGUGUCUGUCACUGGUUGCGUUGACAUCUGAGGCGUGCACUGCGGUCAAAGUUGGUUUAAGUUGCUACCCAGAGCCAUGAAUCACUGUGAGUUUGAAGAAGUGACACAACAUAUCAAUGACAAAAUCUCCAUGAUUAAAAGACUACUGGAGCUUCGAGCUGUUGCAAAAGAUCCAGACAAACGGGGAACCCUUCUCAAAAUCGAGCAAGAAGUCAAUGCCAUCAAUGAGCUUCUUGAUCGUUUUGAAAGAUAUGUAGGUCAGCAAAGAGACCUGCUGAAGCACUUAAAGGAUUUGGAAGAGUUUUUCCUGGAAGAUGAACAAGACGCCAAUCACCUAAAGAACAACAUGCCUCCGCACAUGCCCAGAAAAGGCCAACAGGCAGCACCACAAGAAGAGGGACAGGUGGCAGUUCAGAACAGGCAGACAGAUGCGCCACAGGCCCCGAAGGAACAGGGACCACCUAAGAAAACUCACCGCAAACAGAUCAAAGAGAUGGAGUUCAUUACUGUCCCAGAGUUUGACAGCAUACCACCGUACAUGAAAGGCCGCGUGUCCUACGACCAGCUGAACGCAACGGUGCAAAGCAUCAACACAGCCGUAACGGCAAAAUAUAAGAUUCUCCAUCAGCCAGUCAAGACCUUGAACAACGUGUCUCGUACGCUCCAGCAGCGCUUUAAAGACCAAGAAACCAAGGACACCAAGGGUAAUUUUUUCAUUGUGGAGCAAGACAUUAAAGAGUUUACCCAGCUGAAGGUGGACAAGAGGUUUGUGGGGAUGCUAAACAUGUUACGCCACUGUCAGCGUCUGAAGGAGGUCAGAGGCGGAGGAGUUACGCGCUUCAUUCUGCUUUAAGAUUUUGGAGGUAUUCGCUGCCCCCAACACCCAACUACAUCACAUGGCUUUGAAUGGAAGACACUAUGAAAUGUUAACAAUGGAUGUUGAGAUUCACAUGGUGAAAUCUGCACUGAACUUAUGGGAUUUCAGGAGGGGUUGUGAUACAAAAUGGUUUUGCAUACAAUUGAAAGCUGAAAUCAUACUUCCCAUUAUCUCUGGAUGGCUCUGAUCAUAAUUUGAUCUGUAAUAUGAAUUUUUAUUUACGUCAUGUUAUUGUUGUUGGUCACUUUAUCAAUAAAAAAUGAUUUCUGCAUUAUUUAUAUCAUCAAAGCAUCGAAAAUAUUGUCACUGGCCAAAUAAAGAGACUGUGUUGUCGUGCA